AUGGAUGGUUUCUUACAGCACCAAUCGAGUAGCUUCUUUUGGUGUGUGGCACUCGAAAAGUCGCUUCCUAUGGAGUGUGUCUACGUAGACUUCUUUAAUAAAAUGGCCAAGGAAGUUGGUAAGAAGUUCACUUGGGUGAUAAAAGACUUCUCAUCUUUAGAAACUGAGAGGUAUCACUCUGAUCCAGUCGUUAUUGGUGACUGCAAAUGGUAUCUAUUUAUUGAUCCCAAGAAGGAAAACGUUGAUUCUUUGUAUAUGGGUCUUAAAGUUGAUUCUGGUUCAUUGCCUUCUGGAUGGAGAAGAUACGUCAAGCUUCUUCUAUUUGUAGCAAGAAAAAAAUUGGGAGAACUUGAAUUACUGAAAGAAAAUCAUCUCUGGUUUGAUCAGAAGACACUGGCCUGGAUAUUUCCAACUAAUGUUCCUAUAACCAAACUCAUUGACGAGAAGGAAGGGUAUCUAGUAAAUGGAGAACUCGUGAUUGUCGCUGAGGUAGAUGUUCAUGAAGUUAUUGGCACAUAUGAUUGCUCAGAAGAAUCUGAAGAUGAAAAUGCAUCUAUGUCUGAGGUGAAGCCUUGUGAUACACUCAGCCAGACUCAAGAGAGCAUAGAUGUCAAUGGGUUUAAGGUUCUUCCAUCACAGGUUAAUUCUGUGAAACGUAUUUUUGAAGCACAUCCAGACAUUGCUGUAGGCUUCUUCUCAAGGAACCAACAUCUGAGGAAAACAUCUAUGAAUUUCCUGCUCAGCUUAAUUGAAACGCUAUGCCAGUCUCUUCAGGAGCUCUCCAAGGGAGACCUUGUGGAUGCAGACACUGCGCUGACAUACCUGAAAGAUGUGGGGUUUAAAGUUGACUGGUUGAAGAGUAAGCUAGACGAAGUUAAAGAAAAAAAGGAGAAAGAAGAGUGUACUUUGGCUCUGCUAAUGAAACUGAAGCAAUUUUCAGAUCUUGAUGCUCUAGUUGAACAGGAAGAGGCUGAGUUGUCGGUCACCAGAACCCCUCUGUCAUUUGAUGAUGGUAGCCCUUUAACAGAAAUGGCCAAGCAAGUUGGUAAGAAGCUCACUUGGGUGGUAAAGGACUUGUCCUAUCUACCAUGUGUUAUCUAUUACUCUGAUCCAGUCCUGAUCGAUGACUGCGAAUGGUGUCUUUUUAUCGAUCUCAAAGAAGACAACAGUAAUUCCUUGUAUAUGGGUCUUGAAGUUUAUAAUUCUAAAUCAUUGCCUUGUGGAUGGAGAAGAAACGUAAAGCUUCGGUUAUCUGUAGCUAAACAAUAUUCUGGAGAACUUGCAUUACUGAGUGAAUUGAAUCUCUGGUUUGAUAAGAAGAGCCCGGGCUGGGGAUUUCCAACUAAUGUUCCUCUUACUGAACUCCUUGACGAAAAGGAAGGGUUUCAAGUAAAUGGAGAACUCAUGAUUGUUGCUGAGGUAGAUGUUCAUGAAGUUAUUGGCACAUUUGAUUGCUUUGAAGAAUCUGAAAGUGCAUAUGAAUCUCAAGAGAACAUCGAUGUAAAUGGGUUUCAGGUUCUUCCAUCACAGGUCAAAAAAAAAACUUGUAGACAUCCAGACUUUGCAGUAGGGUUCCGUUCAAAGAACCAACAUCUGAGGACAACGUAUAUGAAUUUCCUGCUCAACUUAAUCAAAACGCUAUGCCAAUCUCUUCAGGGCCUCUCCAGUAAAGAUCUUGAAGAUGCAGACACUGCGCUGACACACUUGGGAGAUGUUGGCUUUGAAGUGGGUUGGUUGGAGUGUAAACUAGAUGACAUGAAAGAAAAGAAGGAGAAAGAACAGUUUAGUUUGGCUCUGCUACGAGAAAUGGAUGAUAGUUUAUUGAAACUGAAGCAAAAAUGUUCAGACCUUGAUGCCUUAGUGGAGAAAGAGGAGGCUGAGUUGUCGUCCAUGAGAGCUCCGAUGUCAUUUGAUGAUGUUGUUUGA